AUGGAAUCUUUCAACUACCCUACUUACCAAGAUUUCACCUCCGUGAACGACCUACCAGAACCGGUUCCAGUGAGCUCUUUCUACCUAUCCUGGUCCAUCCCUAUAUCCUUCAUUUUCACUUUCCCUGAGCAGGAACUACCUUCAAGUUGCCAGAAUAUCACCAACUGCGCCCCAAGUAUUUUCACUGUUCCAGUAGUGGAGACAUUCACUGGAUCUGAGACUUCCUCUUCGGAAGUUCCAGCUCUGACACAACUCCCAGCGAACCCUGAUGUGGAUAUGCCUAUCCUUCCCCCUCUCCAGAGCUCAUACAGAUCUCCCUGUCCUUCUCCGAGUACUUUACCUGCUAGCUCCCCGUCUUCAACAAACCUGUCCGACCAGGCAAUCACUGCACAGUCCCUGUACGAUGAACAGCAGUUCGACGAGCUUAAGUCUUACCUCUCCGUCACCUACUUCCCUUCCUCAGAUCACCCUCAUCUCCAGAAACUCUUCUACAAUUGUCUUUACGAGCUCUACAAGAUAUCUUCCUGCAAACGACACCUGAUGCCCACUCAGAAGUAUCGAUUGAGGAAGUCGAACCCUCUUCCAUCAACCAUCUCAUCAGUGAAGUUCCAGAGCAACAACCACUUUGACGACAACGCAAGGUCCCUUCUACUAGCUGUCUUCAAAAGAGAGAGAACCCCUUCCCAGGAGACUAUCAGCAUGCUGAGAGAGAAUACUGGACUAACUGAGAAGCAGAUCAGAAACUUCUUUAAGAACAAGAGAAGCAGAGCGUGA